AACCUCCAGAAUCUGACCUACUUGACCAUUGGUGAAAACGACCUGCAGAGUCUUACACCUGCAAUAGGGAAACUGAAAAGCUUGGAGACGUUGUACCUGAAUGAUAACUUCAAUCUUCACGACCUGCCAUCGGAGUUGGCAAUGUGCUGUUCUCUGCAAAUCAUGUCCAUCGAGAACUGUCCAUUAUCAAAGAUUCCCGUUGAGGUGGUGUCGGCUGGACCGUCUCUUGUUAUUCAGCCCCUCAGCCAAAAUCUUUCUCUCUGUCCUCUUCUCCCCCUAAUUGCAGUCGAUUGUGAAGACAGUGACGACGUUGAUGAUGGCAGUGUUUGCGUUCAGCUCCUUUCUCUUCCCUCCUGCUCCGUAUUUCCUCACCGACAAUGA